AUGACUACGCACCUACGGUAUGACGAUGAAGAUCAGGGCAUAUUCACGAAUAAGUCCACAAUGAUGGCAAACUUUGAAGAAUGGAUCAAGAUGGCCACUGAUAACAAGAUUAAUUCCAGAAAUAGUUGGAAUUUUGCAUUGAUUGAUUACUUCCACGAUUUGAAUGUGUUAAAAGACGCAGAAGAUAAUAUUAACUUUCAGAAGGCAAGCGCCACUUUAGAUGGGUGUAUUAAAAUUUAUUCUUCUCGUGUCGAUUCUGUUGCGAGUGAAACUGGAAAGUUAUUAAGUGGACUGGCUCAACGUCGAAACAAGGAUUCGAACGGUGACAAUUCGAACGGCGAAAAGGAUGAAGUAGAUAAGGAUGAAAUUGAGAUUGACCCUGUUACAGGGAUGCUUAUAUCCAAAGAUAAUGUAAAUGAAGCUAAGAAGAGAAGGAACUACAAUAGAGUCUUAGAGACCACCUUAGUGCAAUUUGACACUAUUAAGAUAAAAGAAUUAGACCAGGAGCUGACCAUAGAUCCUCUAUUUAAAAAGGCUUUGGCCGAUUUCGAUGAAGGCGGUGCCAAAAGUCUGUUGGUAAACACUCUAGAUGUUGAUGAAAAUUUACGAGUUGUGUUUGAUGCUAAUGCCACUGAUAUGGAUGGAUCGAAGCAAUCGAAUACAUUUCAAGCGAAUGAGGAAAAAGUGGCAGCAGAUCUAAUAGAUGAUUCAAACCCGGAUCUUGGAAGGAGCAACUCUGACAAUGAAAGUCCAGCAAAAGUGUCAGCUGAACUCGAGGAAUCUGACACAUCUGAAACAUCAGUUUCCAUAGAUUCUAUGACCUCUUAUUCUGUAGAGGACGAAAUUCUAGCACUUGGAAUCAAGUUCCUGAGUUUUGACCAAAUCAGUACUUCAGAUAUUUGUCCAUCCAUGUCUCAAUUGAAAGCUGCCGUUCAGGAUAUAGACCGAGCCAAAACGUUUAUUGAGGACGUUAAUAAUAAGUUUGACAAUUUUCUAACAGAACAAGAUAUGCAGGAAGCUAUUCCUGAAACAUUGGGGGUUAAUGAUACAGAUGAAUUUUAUGAAUUACCGGGCCAAGAUGAUGAAGUCUUUAAUGAUGAUAACACUGACUUAAAUAAAACCACACCAGAUAAUGAAAACACAGAGUCUAAUUUCAUUAAUAAUAUCAUGGACCAGGAAUUACUAGCAUAUUUUGACAAUUUUUUCAAAAAAAGUUGGCGUGGUAGAGAGCAUUGGAAAGUGCACAAUUAUAAGCACAAACUAAGAAUCCAUAAAGAAAACCAAGAGAAUCCUGAUGACGUAAAGAAUUCAAAAGACAGUUCUGGUGGUGAAGAAAAGGAAGCCAAAAAGAAGAACAAAAAGGAAAAUAGCUUCAUUGACUUUUUUGACUUGGAAGGAAACAUAGAAGAAACGAUAUUUGCAGUAUCCAAGACUCUGAUAGAAAUCCCUCAGAAACAUAGAGAAGACGAGUCCCAUCACAUAUUGCCCAAUGAUUAUCAAUUUUCAGCCGAUAGAAUCACCAGAUUAUUUAUUAAACCUGAUCAACGGAUGUCAUUCUUUUCUCUUAAGAAGCAGAAUCCUCAUGGACAUAAGGAUGCAGAUGUCGUACAAUUUCAGAAUACCGAAGCAGGACAAAACGGCGGCAGAUAUGAAAUUGCUGACGAAAAGUUUUGGGCAGAAAAUUAUAAGAUGAAAGAUCAGUCCGCGGCUGCACCAACAUGUUCUCAGCUAUCUACUGACAAUAAUCCUAAUCUUGAUCUUAGCCCCACAUUCGAAGACGAUUGUGGAAUAGAUUUUAACCAAGCUUUUGAGGGCGGGGAUCCCCAUGAAUCUGAUGGUUAUGAAGAUGAAGAAGAUGCUCAAGAGUGUAUUCCCGCCACUCAAAACAUAAUCAAAACAGAAGACAAAGUCACAUUUUCCAGAACUGCAAAGAAAGUAGACGUAAGGAGGUUAAAAAAUAAUAUAUGGAAAUCAAUUACUUCUAGGAUAGGACAGCAACCCACUCCCCUGCCAACUAAAGAGAAUCAACCUACAUAUUCCAACACUACCGACCUCAAGUUCACAGAUAUUGCGACUGACAUAUUUAAAAUGUAUUCUGAAAAGACUCGUAAGGAUCUAUCCACCAGUUUCUGUUUCAUAUGUCUGCUCCAUUUAGCCAAUGAACAUGGCUUCUCAAUAACACAAACUGAUGACCAUAAGGAUCUCUUUAUCCAGUUCCAACAAGAAGAUACUGCAUAA